UCUUAGCGCUAAGGUGACCGUAACUCCCACACCUUAGCAUAGACUAACGACAGUCUCAGCGCUAAGGUGACCGUAACUUCCAUACAUUAACAUAGACUAACGACAGCAUCCAACACCAAUAUCAAGCCAUUUCCGUUACCUCUGUACAGUACAUAUAUGUCAGCGUGACCUUCUAAUUGAUUGUUGUCAAUUCAUUGGACCAUGCAUACAGGUAAUUGGAAACAGAAAGUAGCAUAUAUGACGUCUCUACACAUCUCCCUGGAUGUGUCUGUGUGGGAAAGGAAAUGUACCCCAUAACCACAGAAAUUUCAGAAUUUGGUGAAAAUGGGGAACUGGUGUUCAUGUAUUAGAAGGUCAUCGGCGACUGGCUCGGUGACCGGCCCGGCACCAAGGAAACAAAGGAGACAACCCGUCUCAGAUCAACCAUGUGAACGCAUCAACACAAAUCAGGUGGAGCGAUGUUUUGUGGAUAUCCAUGUUCUGAAAAGAGCAGAGGAUAUUUUGGAGAGACACAGCCAUGUCGCCAUCAUUGGAGCGGCUGGAGAUGGCCAAACCAGCAUUGCUGCAAUGAUUUAUGGCAAAAGGUCCAAGUAUAAACCACUGUUUGUUCAACAUAUCGAAGAUUUUGACGUUGAAAUAAUCGCCUACAGACGUUGUCACAUGCUGGUUAUAUUUGAUGACAUAUUUAACGGUCUUCGUUUCUCAACAAAACUUGAGAAAAUAUUCAGAGUGUUGGCCGACAGCCUGAUUCACGAUGCUCCGUCGAAACAAAAAAUAACUCGAAAUAGCAACUCAAAGUGGGAGAAACCCAGGUCAUCCUUCAAACUUAGGUUUAUUUUCACAUCUCGAAAAUACAACUGGAACAGAGGAUGCUCCAGAUUUCAUCGGUUUAAAUUCAGUUUGUUCAGGCCUGAAACAGUCGUGGAUAUGACCAAAGAAUAUUGGACACCUGAAGAAAAGAAACGUCUCUUGCGUUGGUGGAUGGCAAAAUAUCAGAAAGUUGAACUCUCUGACAAGGAUAUACAAAAUAUUAUCCAUUCAAAGAAUAUCGGAUUUGGGUUUCCUCUUAUCUGUAGUCUGUUCUUCCCCACCCCUGUGUUUCAGAUGCACCCUGAAGACUUCUUCCAGAACCCUUUGACCUACCUGAGAUGUGACCUUGACCCCAUCAUUCGGGAAGGUAGCAACAGAUCAGCAGCCAUCAUACUCCUCAUCCUGUGUGGAGGGAGUCUCAACCUUGUCACAUUUCUGUCGGAAGCUGACUUCGCGAAACUCUUCAAAGUUGUCCAAGGUGUUGUUGAAUCCUGUACUCGGACAGGCAUUGGUGACGAGAUAAGGAAUUUCACUGGCACUUUCUGUAUAGUUGAGGACCACAUCGCUUCCUUCUCUCACCCGUCGGUAUAUGAUGCUGCAGCAUGUGCGCUAAGUCACCUGAAUCAUGUGCUGUUGCUGCAGUACUGCUCUCUGAAGUUCUUGAAUGAGCGUGUGAGACUGAAGAAGACGCUUCAGACACCAACUACUGAUGAUGUCACUAACAUGAUUUACAUCAGCCCUGCUCUACACCAAAUUGUCGUGGGACUUGCUGAAGGUAUCCGACAGAAAUGUUUCAAGUGGACAGUCACACAUCCUGCACUCAGUAACGACACCAUUGCCUCGUCCCUUGUGGCCCAAUUGGGUGAUGAGUUGACAAGGAUAGUGCAACAGACAGACAAAACCUUUGGGAAGUGUUUUCUGUAUUGGACGUCACUGACACAUUAUAAUGCACUGUUUAAGGGUGCAUUGAGCACUUUCAAUCAAAAAACAGAUUAAGGAAACCGAAUCUAAUAUUUAUGAAAGUGCAGCGGUAUGUGCGGAGAACCAUAAAUUUAAACAUGUUGUCGAUAUUGUAACCCAAUUGAAACUAGAGGACAGGUUCAAUGCAGAUUACAAAUUAAAUAAUGGCAAAACUUUGCUUCUGGUUGCUGCAGAGGUAGGUGGUGAGGACGUGUUCACUUUCUUUAUGAAUGAAAACGCUGAUUUAACAUCGGCAGACCCAGAUGGACUUACCAGUAUUCAUUAUGCCUGUAUGAGUGGGAACAAAAUCAUAGCAAAGACUGUCUGUGAAAAAGCUCCCGAUAUGAUCAAUGACCGUGACAGUCAGGGAGUGACAUCAGCGUUGAUAGCCUCUGAAAUGGGUCAUGAUAAAAUCCUACAGCUUCUUGUAUCCAAGGGAGCAGACGCCACUCUGUGUGACAACCAAAAUCGGAACUGUCUGCAUGUUGCAAGCUGUGCAGGACGUCUCUCCACAGUCAAAUAUCUCCUUGGGCUGGAGCGGUUCAACAUAAACUGCCGUGGUGGGAGAUUCAAACAAACACCUGUCAUGAUGGCGGUCCUGAAUGGACAUGACGAGGUGUAUAAUCGCCUUGUGUGUGAAGAAGCUGAUCUGUCACUUUGUGAUACAAACAACAGGGACUGCUUGAUGUUGGCGAGCGAAGGUGGACACACAUCUAUAGUUGCAAACCUGCUGUCAAUGAACACGUUUGAUAUCAACAGGAAGAGGAAGUGGGACGAGCAAACUGCAGUUAUGCUCGCAGCUAAAGGUGGUCAUUUUGACGUGUACAAUCUUCUUGUGACAAAGGAAGCUGAUCUGUCCAAGUCAGAUCUGUUCAAUAGCGACUGUCUAGUUUGGGCAUGUAUCGGAGGGAACGUCAAGAUUGUACGUCACUUGUUGUCUAUGGAACUUUUUGACAUCAAUGAAAGAUAUCGCUUGAAAUUAACUCCAAUCAUGCAUGCAGUGUACUCUGGACACUAUGAGGUUUUAAUCUCCUGGUGGAAAAUGGAGCUGAUCUGUCUCUUAAAGAUGCUGAAGACCAAGACUGCCUUAUAUGGGCAUGCAAGGGAGGUAACGCAUCAAUAGUGAAAGACCUUCUGCAUUUGAAAAGAUUUGACAUAAACAGGAUGGAUAGUCUGUUGCAGCAGACCCUAUUAAUGGAGGCACAAACUGGAGGCCAUGAUGAAGUGUUCGAUAUUCUUGUAUCAAAAGGGGCUGAAUUGCCACCGUCCGAUACGUGAAACAGUCAAGGUCUAUUGUUUGAAUUACGAAGGGAUGCGUUGAACAGAACAGAAGGGAACCGGAAUGUCUUCUGCAGGUGAUGUCCUCAGAGUAUUGAUCCGGGCACCACUGCCUCCGUUUGGCUGCUUCAGGUUGAUGAACAGACAACUUUGUACCAGGACAGUAUUUCAGUUAUGCUGUGUUUCAGUUUGAAGGUGAAGGAAACCUUACAUGAUCUUACAAGGUCCACGUGUAGGUUCAGGAUUUCAAUAACGGACAUUGAAACCCGUGUUGAUAACUUACAUUAA